GGUCAGACUUUACUUCAUCACGCUUGCGCUUCUGGAAACCUUGAUGAAAUUUGUCGUCUGUUAAUGUAUGGCAGUGAUAUCGAUGCUGCAGAUAAUUCGGGAUGGACGCCGUUACACGAUUCUGCAUUGGCAGGCCAUACAGAAUGUGUCAAAGUGUUGCUGCAGUAUGGUGCUGAUUUAGGCGAAUCUGGCGGUGAAAACGGAGUUGAUACACCCCUACACGAAGCAGCUGUAAAUUGUCAUGUGGAUGUUGUUAGAGUUUUGCUCGAGUAUGGGAGUGAUCCAACAAGAAAAGACACCAACGGUCAAACACUACUUGAUUUAUGC